AUGGAUGGAUUGCACAGUCCAGACAAAGAGGUCGGCAAGGACCUCGUCAAGGGAACAAUGGUUGCCGGUGUAGCGGGAGCAACUGCAGGCACAAUGCUCGGGAUCUUGCGACAGCAACCAGUAGCAAAAUACGCCUUCUCAGGAGCAUUGAAUGCCUCCCUAUUCGGAAUGACCUUUAUUGCCUUCCGCGAAUCCUUCCUCCGAUUCCAGCGCAACAAGAACCCAUAUUUCGGUUUCAAGGAUUCACAGACCAUGGAUAUUGAUCAACUCUGGAGCAGUACCAUUGCAGGAGCGUGCACAGGAGGCAUCCUCUCAGCAUUAGCGCGAGGACCUAAGGCUGUGCCUUCAGGAACGUUCAUGUUCGGGGCAAUGGCUAUGAGUGGUCAAUGGAUCUAUACGAAGACGCGGCGAUACAGACAGGACACAAUCUUGGCGAGCACGACAGAUGAUGUACAAUCAGCGGCUCACAGUAGGAGAUCAAGGGAUGCGGUGGGCAGUGGGAUUUUGAACGUAUUGCCGGUGCAUAGGACGGAUGUGGACGAUUAUGAGAUACGACUGAGAGAGAAGUUAGAGAAGAUCGAGAGGGAGCAGAAGAUGUUGGAGGACGAGACAUUGAGGCGGAAGAGGCUCGCGACCGAUGAGGCUGUACAGGAAAAGGAGGUGUGA